AUGACGCCCGAUUUGAGCACUGUGCAUUUGUCUGGGACUAGACCCCGGGCCUCCACAACGGUACCUCCCGUGAUGGCAUCGCAAUCGCCGACCCCGCGACAACCGGUCCAAGGACCACAUACUACGCUCCACUCUCUUCAGAAUCCCGGCAGCCCACCGUUAGGCUCGGGAGAUUAUGGCAUCACAAGUACAGCCCAGGGGCCAUUGCGUCACCCCCAGCCGCUGACGCCUUCGGAUCUCCAUCUAGUGCUGGAAAAGGAGCAGGAAGCAAUGGCGAGUUGGGUAAACCGAUUGACUCGCGAGCUUUCUCUACUCCGGCAUCAGACAGCAUCUGUAUCAUCGACCGCAUCGUCUACAUCUACAUUCAAUGACCCAGAUGCCCGUGCAUCACCGACUUUGAGCACUUCAAGCCAACCUCACUCAACACGACGACACCGGUCUCAUUCCAGUCUCAGCUCCCAUGCAUCGGCGACGCACGUCCCUCAGGCAGCAAGCAUAACGGGCAUUGCACCCUCCCGAGAGACUAGUCUGCAUUCUCGAACUGCGCGCAGCCGUGAACCAUCUCUGACAUCUCGCCGUCCAUCAGUCGGGUCAUUAUCGUCGUUCUCUCAUAGCAACAGCAGUGUAUAUCCCCACCGGAACUCGGUCUCGCAGACACAGCUGGGCUUUUCCCCCGCCACCUCGCUAUCACGCUUUGAAGAGGCAUCCCAACACAAAUCGGAGCUGGAAUCCAUCAAGCGGGAGAAUGAGCAACUCCGGAAGCGUGUGAAGGAUCUGGAGCAGACAUUGAGGAAACAGAAAGACACUGUGUCAUCAGGAUCAACCAGCAAUGUCUCUGGGGCACCCUCUUCCGACGGGAUUGCAGAGUAA